AAGGCAUAGAAUAUUGACAUUAUUACUUAUUGGAAAGAUACUUGUUGAAUUAAUACUUAUCUUUCAAUUACAAAAUUUUAUUAAUCAUAAUAUAACUUGAAAGUAACUGUGUAUUGAUUGAAAUAUUAAUUACUUUCAUUUUUAUUAAUCGGAACGAAUCGUCUCUUAUCAAUUGGAUUAAUAUCAACUGAAAAUAUCUCGUGCAAAAGGUGUCACCAUUUUACAAUUGAUAAGAGGCUGUUGCGCAGUAACAUAUUGCAACACAUAGAAUAAAAAAAUACUCGUUAAGUUUUAAUAUCAUUGCGUUUUGCCAUUUAAAAAGAAAAAAUAGAAGAUGGUUUUACGACACCGCGUAGAGGGAUACGAGAAUUUUUUUAAAUUUAUGAAAAAUUUCAAAUCUAAUGAAUCAGUAUACGUACUUUAUAGUGGUAAAAAACUUCCUAAUGGCAAAAGUUGGUGCCCAGAUUGCGUAGAAGCGGAACCUUUCAUAGAAGAUGGGUUUAAAACAGCUCCAGAAUCAGUACACUUGGUGGAAGUUGAAGUUGGAGAUCGGCCAUUUUGGAAGGAUUUGAAUUGUCCAUUUCGAACAAACUCUGUUACAAAGUUAAGAGUACUGCCAACCUUAGCAAAAUGGAAUACACAAAAACGUCUAGAAGGUGAUCAAUGUCAAAAGAUUGACUUGAUUGAAAUGUUACUUACUGAUGAAGAUGAUUAAAUAAUUCAAUUUCAUAUGCUACAGCAGUGAAACUUAAGAUGAGCAGUUCUGUAAGUCAGUAAACAAUGAAUUUUUUACUAAAUGUUAUUUCGUUAUAAGUAAUAUAAUAAACAAUCAAUUUUGUACUCAGA